AUGAACCGCGGCUCUAUUGGGAAAGACGACGUCGAGAUUGUCGAUCAACCUUCUCAUAUUGAGAAUAUUCCCAAGCCUUCUUUAGUCACUCAGAUCGGAGACUUUCGCGUCGUUGGUUUGACCCCUGACGAUGCAGAUUUCUAUAAUAACUAUCCGGAGGAGAAACGGAAAAAGGUUUUCCAUAAGGUUGAUAAGCGUUUAAUCCCCAUGCUCGCAGUGUUAUACUUGAUUUGCCAUAUCGAUCGUGCGAAUAUCGGCAAUGCUAAAAUCGAAGGCAUGGUCCAAGAUCUGAAGAUGACUGGAUUGCAGUAUAAUACUUUCAAGCGCCCUUCGGUAUACCUUGGCCUUCUUGUCUUGAUUUGGGGUAUUGUCAUGACAUGCACGGGUCUGGUUCAAAACUUUGCUGGUCUUAUGGCAACUCGAGUUCUACUUGGUUAUACCAAUCAAUCACGUUUUGCUUUCCGCCCUAAUAUGUUGUUCUAUAGGGCUGGAUUCUUCCCCGGUGCUAUAUACCUCUGCUCCUACUGGUACAUGCCCAAGGAGUUGGCGCUUCGUAUCUCAUACUUUUACUGUGCUAGUGCGCUUUCUGGUGCUUUCUCCGGUCUGUUGGCUGCUGCUAUUGCCAAGAUGGACGGUACUGCUGGACUUGAGGGCUGGCGGUGGAUUUUCAUUCUAGAAGGCCUUGCUAGCGUGGUACUCGGUAUCUCAUGCUUCUUCCUCCUCAUCGACACUCCGGCUUUAUCCAAGCAUUGGUUAUCUCCCGAAGAAAUCCGCUACCUGGAAUUGUCGAUGUUCAUCAAACAAGGAGGAACUAGUACCGGGGAAACAGGCUUCAAGUGGAGAGACCUCAAGAUAGUCCUGCUAAACUGGAGAAUAUACGUACAAGGCUACCUUCUGUUUUGCCAGUCGGCCUUGUCUUACGGUACCAAAUUUACCAUGCCGACUAUUACCAAAGCCAUGGGCUUCAGCUCCACAAAUGCCCAGCUCACCUCUGCGCCUCCAUACGUCGCCGGCGCGAUAUCUGCUAUCAUCUUUGCGCGUUUCUCCGAUCGCUUCUAUUGGCGAAUGCCAUUUGUUUGCAUUCCAAUGGUGAUCGUCGUGGUAGCGUACUCGAUUAUAAUGUCCCUGAACGGAGCCCUCGAAGAGAAGAAAGGAGUCGCAUACUUUGCAGUCGUCUUGUCUGUUAUUGGUAUUUACCCCAUCCAGCCUGGCGCUGCGUCUUGGAAUGCAAACAACAUUGCUCCAGCGUCCCGACGAGCGAUGGGCAUUGCGCUUGUGAACUGUGUCGGCAAUGUUGGUGGUAUAUUAGGCAGCUUCAUGUAUAUUGAGACGGAGAGUCCCAGAUACCCCACUGGAUUUGGCCUCAGUCUGGCACUUGCCGGGGUUGGAUUCUUUGUCGCUUUGUUUCUUGAAUGGACUUAUAAGCUGGGUAACGCAAAGAAGGAAAGGCUUGCAGAUGAUGCGAGGGCCAACUACACUGAGGAUCAGUUGUUUGAUAUGGGAGACAAGUCGCCGCUGUUCAAGUAUGUGUUGUAA